GCCGUUAUUUCAACAGAUAAGAGGUUUUCCUGUACUGAGUGCGGGAAGUGUUUCAAUUCUAAGUCUGGUCUUAAUAUGCAUAACAAAUUUCAUACAGGUGAGAAGCCACAUUCCUGUCUUGAGUGCGAGAAAUGUUUUUCAAGUAAGUCGCAUCUUGACACACAUCAGAAGUUGCACACGGGUGAGAAGCCGUACUCCUGUCCUGAGUGCGGGAAAUGUUUUGUACAAAAAUCAAAACUUGUUAGACAUCAGAGGUCUCACACAGGUGAGAAGCCGUAUUGCUGUCCUGUGUGCGGAAAAUGUUUCUCAGUUAAGUCGAAUCUUGACACACAUCAGAUGUUGCACACGGGUGAGAAGCCGUUUUCCUGUUCUGAGUGCGGAAAAAGUUUUUCAAGUAAGUCGCAUUUUAAUAGACAUCAGAGGUCUCACACGGGUGAGAAGCCGUAUUCCUGUCCUGAGUGCGGGAAAUGUUUUUCAGAUAAGUCCAGUCUUUCCUAUCAUCAGAAAUCACACACGGGUGAGAAGCCGUAUUCCUGUCCUGAGUGCGGGAAAUGUUUUUUAGCUAAGUUCAGUCUUUCCUAUCAUCAGAAAUCACACACGGGUGAGAAGCCACAUUCCUGUCUUGAGUGCGGAAAAUGUUUUUCAAGGAAGUACAAUCUUUACAGACAUCAGAGAUCUCACACGGGGGAGACGCCAUGUUCCUAUCCUGAGUGA